AUGAUUAGCUCAGGUUUCACUAAUGCGCCUAUAUCUAAGUAUGCGCUCAUCUUCAUAAUUGCAUCGUCGAUAACUGCUAGCGUAGCAGAUGUAAAGUACUUGUUUUAUUUACAGGUCGUGCCGCAUUUAUGGACAUACUGGCAAAUAUGGAGACUUGGGGUUUGGCAGCUAUGCUACACGAAUUCGACAGAAGUGCUCUUCGCAGCUAUGCUCCUCUAUCACCUGCGUGUAAUUGAGCGGCUGUGGGGAUCCAGGAAAUUCGGAAGCUUUCUCCUAACCACGCUCCCGUACACAACCCUCCUCCCACCCCUCCUCCUCGCCCUCCUCCUCCGCCCCCUCUCCCUAAACACCCUAAACUACCUCCCCGCCGGCCCCACCGCCAUCCUCUUCGCCCUCCUAGCCCAAUUCUACGCCGCAAUCCCACACGCAUACAAAUACCGCAUCUCCACCAGCACAUCUAUCCCUCCCUCUCCGAACCCCUCCUCGUCGUCCUCCACCCCACCAUCAACGUCAACAACAACAACAACCCCAACAGUAACCCUCAGCGACAAAUCAACAACCUACCUCCUCGCUUCGCAGCUCGCCCUCUCCCAAUUCCCACACACUCUCCUCGCUGCCGCCACCGGUUGGGUCGUUGGCUACGCAUGGCGCUCAGAGAUAUUACCCGGCCGCGCCGCUGCAUGGAGAGUCCCAGGCUCGGCAUAUGGUGAUCUGUCGGCGGAUUCAGCACGGGGACGCGGAGGCGGUGGCGCUGCUGGGGCCGGUGCUGGAGCUGGUGUUGCGUGGAGGCCGUGGAGUGGACUGCGGAGGGUGACGGGGCGGAGUGGGGGGGAUGCGGAGGGGUUUGAGGGGUUGAGGAGGAGGCUGGAAGGGGAGUCGAGGGCUGCGGCGGCAGGAGCGGGAGCGAGCGGGACUAUACGUGGUAGUGGUAGAGGUGGCGAGGGCGGAGAUGGGAGGCAGCAGCAGCAGCAGCAGCGGAGGCCGUUGGCGGGACAGAUAUUGGAUCGGUUUACGGGGAGCUUUUAG